AUGCCGUCCGAUGUCCUAUCGCCCGACGCACAGUCGGACCGCGAUGCGAAUCCGACGCUGAAGUAUCAAUGUCCGGUCUGUUCGAAACGCUACAAGCGUCGCGAACACCUGUCCCGACACACCAGCUCGCAUACAUCAGAGCGCCCAUACCGCUGCAACACGUGUGAUGGUUCUUUUAAGCGUGCAGAUGUCCUGAAACGUCACCUUCGAACAUGCGAUGGCGGAAGCUCGAGAUCUGGUGCUCGCCGACGCGCUUGUGAUCGGUGCGUCCGCCAGAAAAAAGCUUGCAGUGCCCAUCAGCCGUGCCAAGGUUGUUCCAAAAAGGGGGUAUUAUGUUUCUAUUCGUCUGUUCCGGAACCAUUCGAGGAUGCCAGCCUCGCUGAGGUUGUCACUAUUGAUGCUUCGUUCGGAAACUUCACUGGACAAACUGGAAAUUCCAUUUCGUCAACAGAUGCUAUGAAUCCCUUUGCUGGGACACAACAAGAAACCGGGAGUUUUGGGACUAGUCCGCUGGAUAAUCUCUUCAAUGAAUCAUUCUUUGGCUCUGCGGGCUCAAGCUGGCAAGAUUAUCUCCUUUCAGCCUCCGAGAGUGAGGUUCUUCGCGAUAACCCUCUCCUCGACACCGGCAGUAGCCACUCGCUACAUUUCCUCGAUCGAUUUACAAGCAACUCCGGCCUGGUCUCGAGUUUUGACUGCGGAACUGAGCUUCAACGCGAGAAUUCUGCUUCGCAAUUAGCACAACCCUACAGAGCUGGGUUUCCAGGCGGGUGUGGUGGACUCACCCCCCUGUUAGACAACCUCAGUGAUGCUAGUACUGUUGAUUGUAGUCCAAUCAAUUGGCUCGGCGACCCGCUUUCUCUGAAAACACAUGAGAUACUUCUGCUAAUCCAGGAGGUCGUAAGAAUCAAACCGAGAAAUAGUGCCGUGACACUCGAUUGGUCGGCGGCCCUCAAGAAUGCCUGCCUGCAAUUCUUUUCUCCCGCCAAUUUGCGAAGAUUUCUCGAAUUCUACUGGGCUAUUUGGCAUCCUAAUGUCAACUUCGUUCACGGACCUAGCUUUGAUGCGGUAUCGGCAAAGCCCGCUCUUUUGGCUUCUAUGGCCGUGAUGGGAGCAUGCGUCUCGCCAGAUAUGCCAGAUAAUGAGGAUGCUCGAACAUGGUUCAAUUGUGUCGAGGAGAUUGUCUUCAUCGACGAUGACUUCAACAGUGAUUCGGUCUGCCCUGCCUCGAGUAAUAUAGCCAUUCAUCGGCGAAAGGUACAAAUUCUCCAAGCUGCAUAUAUCGUCUGCCUUUACCAGAAUUGGGAAGGCACAGACUCAAGCAAAAGUCGGAUUCGGCGGAACCGAUUUGCUACCCUAGUCUCUACCGCGCGGGACAUUGGAAUCACUACUGCGACGCAUUUGAAUUAUGCCGAAAUGGGUCGACAUGAAUUCGAGUGGAAGGAGUUUGCCACUCGAGAGGAGUUGAUCAGAGUAUUUACAUGGAUUUUCCUCCUUGACACUGCUUUCGUCAUUUUCAACAAUCUCCCUCCUCGCAUGGUGAUUAAGGAAAUGAAGAUGCACAUGGCAAUGCCGGAGGCUUGCUUUCAAGCCUUGACAGCCGAUGAAUGCCAUCAGCAAAUACAAACCCACCGCCCAAGUGGAAAUGCGUACUGGAGUCUUUCCUUCCGCGGUGCCUUCGAAGCACUCGCAAAGGAUCAUCUAUCACCAAAUAUGCGCCACAUUAUCGCGGCAUCAGGGCCAUUGAACCUCUUCUCACUUACAUCCGCCAUUCAUUCCCAAAUCUUCCAGUACCGCAGCUCGGUCAGUAGCUCCCAGAAUUUGAAACCGAUACACAACACCCUCCGAAACUGGCGCGACUCCUGGCAGCUGUUUGCCUCGGUCUCUUUGGCAGGUGUCUCUCCUCACAUUACCAUGGGUGAUUGCAAUCCUCCGCCUCAGCUCAUGUGGAGGCGAAUUGGCUUUUGUCGGCAUUGCCCUGAAUUCUGGCUGCUGGCAAAGCUAAUGACGGAGCGCCUCGCCACAUUGGGAAGUUUGCAGCCGGAAAUUGAGCAUUUACCUCUUGAUGAUAUUGCUUUGGAUCCGAUUUUGAACCAGUAUGAUCAGACUAGUAUGCGGCAGGUCAAUAACCUGAUUAUUGGAUUUCAAACAUUUCAGUUGUGA